CAUGGGCACAGCCCAUGAAGAUCCCACCAACGUCACCCAGGAUGAGUGAGACAUGGCACCCCGGAGAGCCAGGAAGAGAGUGGAAGGGGGAGCCAGCUCCAAUGUCUUCUCCAUGUUCGAUCAGUCGCAGAUCCAGGAGUUUAAGGAGGCUGAUGCCUGCUCAGCACCAGUGUCUCUGCCAGGCCUUCACCAUCAUGGACCAGAACCGGGACGGCUUCAUCGACAAAGAGGACCUGAGAGACACCUUUGCUGCACUGGGCCGCAUCAAUGUCAAGAAUGAGGAGCUAGAGGCCAUGGUGAAGGAGGCUCCUGGGCCCAUCAACUUCACCGUCUUCCUGACCAUGUUUGGGGAGAAGCUCAAGGGCACCGACCCGGAGGAGACCAUUCUCCACGCCUUCAAGGUGUUUGACACCGAAGGGAAAGGGUUCGUCAAGGCUGACUUCAUCAAGGAGAAGCUCAUGACCCAGGCAGACCGGUUCAGUGAGGAGGAGGUCAAACAGAUGUUUGCAGCUUUCCCACCAGAUGUGUGCGGCAACCUGGACUACAGGAACCUGUGCUACGUCAUCACGCAUGGUGAAGAGAAAGACUAGGAGACACAGACCCACCCUGCUUUCAGAGUCAGCAGGGGCUCCUUCAGCCCGAGGGCACUGGGGAGGCUCCUCCUGUCCCACAGGUUGGGGUGAAGCAAGAA